AUGUCCUCUGCCAUCCUAGUGAAGCUUCUCUGUUUUCCUUCUAAAUUGAAGGAUUUGGCUCCACUGUGUGUCAAUAAGGGAAACUGCAGUAUCCCAACUGUGCCGCCAUUUCUUCUCAAGAACCCAAUCAAUGAGACAGGAAACAUCACUGCAGGCUGCAGAGGUCCAGUCAAUGAUGGUCAGGAAAGUUGGCGCAUCGUUGGGGGUACGUUGGCACCGGAUGACAAGUGGGGCUGGCAGAGUAGCUUACACUGGAAAGGCAAACAUGUGUGUGGAGGUGCCAUCAUCUCACCACGCUGGGUCAUCACUGCAGCCCACUGCUUCAUCCAAUACAACAUGCACGAGGCGGCGGACUGGCAGGUCGUGGUAGAUACGGUUAGGGUGACAGAUUCAUCUCUCGGUAAACGCUACAGAGCCCUGCAGGUCCUCUACCACCCCAGCUUCUUGAAAGACAACAAUGACUAUGACCUGGGUCUUGUACGGACAGUCACUGUCAUAGAGAUGGAAGGUGGAGUUCGACCAGUGUGUUUGCCCAGUCCUAAAGAGUUCUUUCCCUCUGGUUCAUCCUGCUGGAUCACUGGUUGGGGCUACACUCAAGAGGGUGGUUCCGUGUCAGCCGAGCUGAGGGAGGCUCAGGUGCAGGUAAUAGAUCAGUCAACGUGUUCACUUCCAACAGUCUACGGCUCCUACCUCACUCAGAGAAUGCUUUGCGCAGGCAUCAUGGAGGGGGGAGUGGACUCCUGCCAGGGUGAUAGUGGUGGCCCACUGGUGUGUAUGACGGCAAAAGGGGACUGGAGGCUGGCCGGGGUGGUGAGCUGGGGUGAGGGAUGUGGUCGGCCCAACAAACCAGGGGUUUACACACGAAUCACCCAACUACUGCAUUGGAUUGACAAAUACAUAGAGUUGGAUACCGUGGAGGAAUCAGACCCCCUUCCAGCCAAUUUUACAAUCCUGUGAUAUUUUCAAAAUGACAAAUUAAUAAAAAGGAAACAGCUUUUAAAUGUUAAAUAAAACCUCAUAUUUCCUAUGGAUGGACGGACAAUACCUUCUGAUGUUUUGUGGCUUUCUUCAUGUUUGUGUCGGGAAGAUCCCACAAUUCAGUACAUUGAACAUUGAAAGCAAUCAGAUCUGAUGGUUUGCCAAAAUUAUAGCAGUUUAAACUGAAGACUGCAGAGGAGUUGUAGGCUACAACAGUAGCCAAUAUGAAUUCUUAAGCCUUUACGAUAUAAGCAUAGAAAGACAGUGUAAUUCCGAACUUCUGAUAAUGGU